UGGACGGAGGCGCAUCAACACUCAGCAGCAUAAACGCACGUUGCUGCUAUCAGACCCGCACACACGCAGCUCCGUUUCCUUGGAAAACGCGCGCACAGUCUCUUUCACACAGUUUGCGACCUCGGGACUAUUUUGGAAGCGAAAAGGAAGCGAAAAGGGGAUUCCUAUAAAUUUGGAGCGAAUAUAUUCCAGGGUGGGUAUCAGACCGUGCAAUCAUUGACGCACACAGACAUGAUCUUCUCCAUGAGUGUCCCCUAAGAGGUGGACUUGUCAAGUCGCCAUGAUGAUGAUGCAAAAGCAGCAGACCAGGACAUCACCAGGGAGUGUGUUGUCACUGAGAGGCACCAACGUUCCAGGAUCCCCUGCUGCAGCAAUAGUUGCCAGGGUGGAUGAUGGUGUCAUUGGUUAUAAAGACUUGGCUGCGUUGCCAAGAGACAAGGCCAUUCUGGACAUAGAGAGACCCGACCUGAUGAUGUACCAGCCUCACUACAGCUACAGUCCCGAGAGGUCCUUGUCUCCUCGCUCUCUCUCUCCCCCUCCAUCACCAGAGAAAGCUCUUUCUAAAGGGUCCAGCGAGUGGCCAGAGAACAGAACUCCAGUCGGCUCCUCUCCCAGUUCUACCGCUGGCCGGACCCCCACAUACACACCCCACACACACUGCUCCACACCCACCACCCCCACCCCCACCCCCAACACCACCAACACCACCAUGCAACACUUUCACAGGCCAGACAAUGGGAGUAACAUCUACAAGAAGCCUCCAAUCUAUAAGACGGCGUUGCCCCCAGCGCUGUCGCAAGGGAAACAUAUCGAGGAUCUGAUCAUCGAGUCGUCCAAGUUCCCCGCGGCCCAGCCCCCCGACCCCAGCCUGCCCUCCAAGAUCGAGACGGAGUACUGGCCCUGCCCUCCCUCCCUGGCUGUCGUCGAAACGGAGUGGCGGAAGCGGGGGAAGGGAGGGGCGAUGACCGAGGAGGAAGAUUUUGGCGACGACAUGUUUGAGCUGCAACAGCUUCAGACCAAACAACUUAACAAGAUCAAGUCAAACCUUGGGAAGAUCAUCCUAAAGGAGGAGCUGGGAUCGGCUCCAUUGAGAAAGAAGACCAGAUCCCUCCCUGACCAAACUGUCACCGGAGCCACAAGUUUGAGAUCUGCCCAUCUGCCAGAAUCCUCUGGGACCAGUCUGGCAAAGUCAACAGAAUUCCAGGCCGACAAAGGUAAGAAGCUAUGGAGUUUCCAUGAGAGCAUCUAUUGAUGGGUUUUCUGCCCUCAUUUUCAAGCAAUACAAAUGAGUCUUCUAAUGCUCUGGUUUUGUGUGUAUGUGUAUGUGUAUGUGUAUGUGUAUGUGCGUGCGUGCGUGCGUGCGUGCGUGUGUGUGCGUGCUCACUCACACUCAAUCUGUUGCUCCGUCUCUCUCUCUCAUUUAUCUCUCACCACCCAGGACUUCAGGUACGGUGUGCUACAUUGAAAUACACUAACGAUUUUCUUCAAUUGUAAAUGUUGCAUUGUGUAUUAUGUAAAUCCUGGGUAUGCAUGUGUGUGUGAUCCAGAAUGGAGACAGGAUGGACAGAGGCAAGUCCCUCCCCAGCGUGUUAGAGGAGAAGAUUUGGCCCUAUGAAAUGUUGACGGUCACUCACAAGGGGAGGUGCAAGCUGCCCUCAGGAGUCGACAGGACCAGGCUGGAGAGAUAUCUGAGUCCUGAAGACUUCUACCAUCUCUUUGAAAUGACCAUUGAAGACUUUGAUUGCCUCUCUCUCUGGAAGAGGAACAACUUAAAGAAGAAGAUGGCCCUGUUCUAGCACUAAGGACUACACCUCCCUCAAACAAACCUGUACAUUUUCUGGACUGGCACAGUGAAAAACAAGACUAAAAUACUCCAACACCUGAUCAGGGCAGUCACACAAGCCUCAUCACUAACAAAAGGGAGUGACUGCUCAUAUGAUUGGUCAAGCUGCUCUAUGGUUCUCAGGACAACAACCCAAGGCAUCGAGCUCCUCUCAGCGAGCACAAGAGGGAGCAUGCAUCCUCUCACCUUUCGGCUACUUCUCGAUGUGCAACAACUACUUCAACCCACAUGAAAACACGGGCAUGUCAGAAAUCUACAUGCACAGUGUCACGUUAUUUCACCGAUCUCUAGAAAUGCGAUGUGAGCAGGGGUAGCAAUGGUCACCGGUUGUUCUCGCCCAUCCAGGGAAUCUUCCACGCAUCACUACCUUCUGCGUCACUUACUUUACUCUUCAGUCCUUUAUCCGGCACACAAGGCCGUCCCUCGUCCCACUAAGAGCAGAUGCCUUCUGGGAGAAGGUUCCAGAGGGUUUCAUGUUGAGGUGAGGCCCUCGUCUCCAUGUAGCCAAGGAGGGCUUUCUAUAGUCACAAAAGAGUGGUUAGCACAACGCUUGAAAAGAGUCUAUGUUAAACUUAGUGUGAUCUGGCACCACCUUGUCCCAGCAUGCAUCUGGGCGUGCUCAGACAACACCCCCCCAUCAGAAGUCGGUGACAGUUGUGAUGUCAAUGCAGAUGGAAUUUUAUAAGGACAGAGUGAGAGACGACAAGGGAAUACAGUCGUAUUGAAGCUUUGUUAAUAGCUGGUUAGGUCUGAUUAAGGGAGACUUUUGAGUACCAUAGUAACCAGUACCAUAGUAACCAGUGGGUUUGAAUAUGAGUAUGUCGACAAGAUAGCAUGGGCAGGUUUUUUUUUUAUAUCAGUGAGUCAAUGAGGGAGAGAGACAGAGUGAGUGUGGUUUUGUGUGUGUGUGCGUGUGUGUGUGUGUGUGUGUAAGAGAAAUAGUGAGAGGGUGUGAAGAGGAGGAGGCGGGAUCCAAGAGCUAAUGUCCAUUUUUAGAACUAGAAAAAAAAAAGAUUUAACAAAACCUGCAUUAGGAGCUGCAAUCUUCUUCCAUCACAAUUUUAAACAAAACAAAUGUACCAAACUUGCUCAGAAUUUAAUUUAGUUACGUAUAGAAAAAGGAAUUCUAGAAUACAAAACUAUGAAUAAAUAGUAGUACCGGUGUAACUUGUUAGCCGAUUCGUAGGUUGCUACUGAGGAUAAGACUCAUACGGACUCCUCAAGUAAUCAAACUCUCAGUUAUAAUUGGAGCUUCCCAUUAUAAAAGCUGUCUGUCUGCAGGAGGAGCCUCUGCUCUGUUAUGCAAUACCUUUGGCACCUACACCCAUCCAACCUACAUUUCUGUUGACCGCCCUCGGGCGGAAUCAGAAACCCAAUAAUCGGUCGGAUAUGAGGUGCACUUACUAUUUACUCAGCCAGUAAUGAUUUCAUUUCCAGCAUUUAGCAGGAAGAGGAAGGAGGUGGAAGGACCUCACCUUCCUCAACAAUUGCCUGUAGGCCAGUCCACACACAGUAGUCAUAGUGAUUAUGGGGAUGUCAGGCCCUUUUUCUAGACCCACGCUGCUCACUGCCACCUUUCUAGAAUAUGCAGAAACAUUUAAUAGUUCCCUUUUUUUGCAGUAUAGACUAUUUUCUGAUAUGUCCAGGCUAGAGAUUGUUCUUCCUGCUUCCUUUUGCUAAGUAACGGGUGAUUCGAUACCAGCUGAUCCGCAGAAUUGUAGUUAUGUAGGGGAAUCCUAACGGUGACAGUGUUCUGUAUUAGAGAAAUAAUUAUAAUAUAUAAUUAAUAAUUAUAUAUAUAAAUGCUGUAUAGCCAAACCCCCCCUCUCUCUCUGUCUCUCUCUCUCUAACUCUCUCUCUCUCUCUCUCUCUCUCUCUCUCUCUCUCUCUCUCUCUCUCUCUCUCUCUCUCUCUCUCUCUCUCUCUCUCUCUCUCUCUCUCUCUCUCUCUCUCUCUCUCUCUCUCUCUCUCUCUCUCUCUCUCUCUCUCCUGAUCUAUCUAUCCAGUUUCUUCCAGUUUAGACUUUAGUGUUGGCUAGUGUUGCUCAGUAAACAAACCACAUGCAGCCGUUUUUUUUUUUUUUUACAUACGUAACAAUUUACCAUGUUUAAAUUAAAUAAAUAUAUAUCAGAUAGAAUGGAAACCAUUUGUGUAAUACCAGAGCUUUGCAUCAAGUGUUGACAUCUGACAUCUUCUAAGUCCCAGAAAGUAAGGGAUCUGUACACAUCUGUGUGUAGGUCUUGAUGUUAGAGGGCAGGAUCCUAUGUGUCUUGACUGUAUGGGUCUAGAUCUAGACUUUUGGAUUAUUGACUGGGGCAUUAUUCGGAUGGCUUGUCGUGCUUUGUGGCAGAUGAACAUGGUAACUAGUUGGUUGGUUUCAUCAAAGCAAAAAAAUAUAUAUAUAUAAUUUUUAGCAAAAAUGCAGGUAACAAAGUAAGCCUGUUUCUGUUUUAAAUUGUUUUGGUAUUGAGGUGCAACUAUAAUUAGGAUUUUUCUGAGGAUCGUUCACAGGAUGGUGGUUUAUCCCAGAUCUGUGAUUACCCGGAUCUCGACCACAUCAACCCCUGACCCAAAUACCUAUCUUUACUAAACCUUCUGAACUUGACUUCGGUUCUCCUAUGAAACCAGUUCAUAAGGCCGUUGUGGGAAGUGUGAAUGCUGCCACCUGCAGGCACAAAUAAAUAAAUAACUGGACAUUUUUCCUCA